AUGACAAUUCUAUCAACACUAUAUAACCUUCUAGAAGUACUUAUUGUACUUGUACCUAUUCUACUAGCUGUAGCCUUUAUGACUAUUAUCGAACGGAAGGUACUAGCGGCUAUGCAACGACGUGUAGGACCGAAUAAGGUAGGAUACUAUGGGGUACUUCAACCAUUUGCUGACGCGCUGAAGCUUGUAGUUAAGGAAACAGUUGUGCCUGCACAAGCUACUGUUAGCCUAUUCUAUCUAGCACCAGUUAUUACACUGGUAUUCAGUCUUCUCGGAUGGGCUGUUAUUCCAUUCGGAGCUGGUCUUACUAUCUCCGAUUUCCCACUGGGGAUCCUAUACACACUGGCUAUCUCUUCAAUUGGUGUCUAUGGUGUUCUUUUUGCUGGUUGGUCUGCUAACUCUAAGUAUGCAUUCCUAGGAUCUCUACGAUCUACAGCGCAAAUGAUCUCAUACGAACUAGUUCUAGGUUCUGCUAUCCUGAUUGUGAUUAUCAUGACAGGAUCAUUCAACAUUACUACUAUCAUUGAAAACCAAGAAGCAAUUUGGUUUGUGGUUCCUCUUCUUCCAGUAUUUAUCGUAUUCUUUAUCUCAGCACUGGCAGAAACUAACCGUACUCCAUUUGACCUUCCUGAAGCCGAAUCAGAACUAGUUGCCGGGUUCUUUACUGAACACAGUGGUAUGAUCUUCGUAUUCUUCUUCCUAGGAGAAUACUGUUCAAUUGUUCUAAUGUCUACACUGACAGCUAUCCUAUUCUUCGGUGGUUACAACAUGCCAGAACUAUUUAUUAACGACACAUUCGUUAACCUACAAAGUAUUGUACUGGGUCUUAAGACAUGUCUAUUCUGUUUCCUAUUCGUAUGGUUCCGAGCUACUCUACCGCGAAUGCGAUACGAUGGACUAAUGGUCUUUUGUUGGACUGGAAUGCUGCCAAUCGCAAUCGCGCUGGUAGUUCUAGUACCAAGUAUCCUAGUCGCCUUUGACAUCAUCCCAUAUCAAAAUUAA